AUGGGUUUCUUUGACAAGGCUAAGGCUUAUGCUGAACAAAAGGGUAAAGAUGAAUUGAAUCAAAGGUUCAACAACUUGAGCGUUGGUGGAUCUAACAACAAUAACAGUUCCUCUAACUCUGGUAACAAUGAUGAUUCUUACGGUUCUAACAAUAACAAUGAUGAUUCUUACGGUUCUAACAAUAACAAUGACGACUCAUACGGUUCUAACAAUAACGAUGAUUCCUACGGUUCUAACAACAAUGAUGAUUCUUAUGGUUCCAAGAAGAGUGGUAAGAAGGGUGGUGACUCAUACGGUUCCAACAAUGACGACUCUUAUGGUUCCAACAACAACAACAAUGACGAUUCUUAUGGUUCCAACAACAACAAUGACUCUUAUGGUUCUAACAACAAUGAUGAUUCCUACGGUUCUAACAACAAUGAUGACUCUUACAGUUCCAAGAAGAGCGGUAAGAAGGGUGGUGACUCAUACGGUUCCAACAAUGACGACUCCUACGGUUCCAACAACAACAACGAUGACUCUUAUGGUUCUAACAACAAUGAUGACUCUUACAGUUCCAAGAAGAGUGGUAAGAAGGGUGGUAACUCAUAUGGUUCCAACAAUGACGACUCCUACGGUUCCAACAACAACAAUGAUGAUUCCUACGGUUCUAACAACAACAACGGUGACUCUUAUGGUUCUAACAACAAUGAUGACUCUUACAGUUCCAAGAAGAGUGGUAAGAAGGGUGGUAACUCAUACGGUUCCAGCAAUGACGACUCCUACGGUUCCAACAAUAACAAUGACGACUCUUAUGGUUCUAACAACAACAACGAUGAUUCCUACGGUUCUAACAACAAUGAUGACUCUUAUGGUUCCAAGAAGAGUGGUAAGAAGGGUGGUAACUCAUACGGUUCCAGCAAUGACGACUCCUACGGUUCCAACAAUAACAAUGACGACUCUUAUGGUUCUAACAACAACGAUGAUUCCUACGGUUCUAACAACAACGAUGACUCUUAUGGUUCCAAGAAAAGUGGUAGAGGUGGUAACUCCUACGGUUCCAACAAUGACGACUCAUAUGGUUCUAACAACAAUGAUAAUUCUUACGGUUCCAACAAUGACGAUUCUUACGGUUCUGGUAACAAUAAUGAUUCUUAUGGUUCUGGUAGAGGAGGUCGUGGUGAUGAUUAUUAG